GAGUACUUUCAAUUCUUCAAUGGAAAGGGCGACAUUACCGGCUACGCCGCCACAACGAGGAAGGACGGUGCCCUCAGCCGUUACAAAGCCGUUGGACUCCUUUCUCAUUUGGUUGCACAGAAGCAAGGUUUCAUGCAAUGGUUGAGGGGUUUGAAACCAGUUCAUUGCAUUUUCGUCCGCAUCUUCGAUGAUACCAACGUUUAUGUUACUCCAGAGGCUGGCCCUGCAAAGGGGGCAGACGUUGACUUAGAAGGUGCUGAUUUGACGGAGGAGAGGGAGGAAGAUGAACAGGAGCAGCAGCCUGUGCUUGGCUGCAAGAGGGGCCGUACUGGUCGGCGCAAAGUGCAGCCACUACUUGGAAUGCUGCAGUGGGCUGUUGCCCGCCGAAGUGACAGGCAGCGAGCUGCCGCCGAUGCUGUUGAAUCUGUGCAGCUUUUUGCGCCCUCGCAGGUCAUGCCGAAGGCGAACGCCGCGACCCUGCUCGACCGAAUCGGGAAAUGGAUGCUGCCGGGAGAUGAGGUGCCACCGGCACACCUUGGGGGCAAAGCUCUAGAAAACAUUCUUCAAGAUAUCCCAUUCAGAGUCGUCCUCACCGGCACUGAUGCCCUGUCAUCAAACGUAUCAGCAUUGGCCUUGGAGCAAGAACGCGUGCUGCAGCGGCGGCAGGACGGCCUCGUUCGAAUGGCCAAUGCUUUCAGAGGCACUUUGUUUCGGCAGAGACUUGACAACGUCUUGGCUUCGUUUGCACGAUCGGCUAUACGACAGCCAGUAGCUUCUCUGCCAGCUACCACGGAGGCAGAUAUUGCGAGCAACGCAAAACUGCUGAAGGAGUGCUCCCUGGAGCUCACGGAAGAGCAACUUGACCUCACAUUGCAGAUGCUGAAUACGGACUGGUGUCAGCCAUUGGAUCCUGGAGAGCCGCUGCGCCAUUACUGUGCACCCGGCUGUUGCGCGUCUACGAAGGCUUUUCGUCUCAGGAUGCGCGCGGUGCUGGAUGGUUUGUUCGCCCAUCUCUUUGCAUGCCCUUUGCUUUAUCGCUGGAAAAACUUUGACGAGGCUUGCACAUGGGUAGCAAGGGGCAUGGUGAUCCGGGGUUUAUUGAAGCAAAUUUGGGGGCUCUGUAAACAAGAUGCCGCAGAUAACUUGGAAGACCUUGUGUCGCUGCAAGCUAUGGAUGAAGACAAUCCAGAUAUGAACCCCAGCUUGCGGCAACAGGUUCGAGUAGCCAAAGUUAUGGGCCUGCUCUCGGAACCAGACGCGGCAGCCCGCUUCCUGAAGACCUUGCUGGUGUCUCGACCACUUACAACUUACAUGGACAAGAUGUCCUUUUUGGAGACAUGCCGAUCCCGGUUCCGUAUGCGCAUGCGUGGCUUUGAGCAACAUGAGAGCAAAUGCACGCAUUCGACCCUUGAUGGUGUUGUUGGCUUGGCUUUGGAAGUCAUCCAGGGAAGGGCAGGCAGAAAAGUUGUGACAGAGUUCAGUGCAAUGCUGACAGCCCCGUCCGAUGAUGCCAUGUGGUACAACCAUCUGGGCCUUGGAAAGGCUAGCUGCGUGGAUCUUCUUUUGAUUGGUGCGGCCGACGGUUACAGGCGUCUGGUGCUUCCUUUCAUGUGCCAGCCUUGGCAACUACUGGGUGUGUCCACACAAGAACCAGCAGCUGCGUUGGCGUCCACGGAAGCGCAACGUGCGCAGCAUGGCGGUUGUGCGCAAUGCAUCGAUCCAUUUUUUAGCAAGGCCUUCCUUUCAGCGGGG